AUAUUGACUUGAAGCUUGAUAUGAACUGAAUUUGUGGUAGUAUAGCGCGACAUGUGCUGUUCGUUUUAGUUUGAACAGGAUAAAGGUUAUGCAGACGAUUUCCACAUUUUUAUCAAUAUUAAUAUUUUCCGAAAAAUUCUCAUAUUGUUUCGUGUCAUAUUAAAUUAAUAUGGCUAUUCGUUUACACAUCAACAAAAAAGAUUUAGCUAAGCAGGAGGAGUCCGAGUUACAUCUUAUGCCAUGUAAAAUUCACGGCGACCAAGCAGCGAAUGUCUCUUCCUACUUCAAAUCUUCCAUUCGUAAAAUUGACGAAGAACAUUACGAUUGCUCGUUCCGUGGCUAUCCACUUCAAGGGAAGAAAGUAAUUGUACCUGCUGGAUACAAAGGCAUAAUGUUUAUGGAAAAUAAGAAGACAGACGCUGAAAACAAGAACCGUAAUUUAUAUUGCACAGGAACGUUUUCACAAUUCACAUAUUGGAAUUACGACAGAAUACCAUCUAAGAAUGAUUCUCUUGUAGCAGCAUUGGAUUGGAUUGAUAUAGCUGAAGCGUUACAUUCAUCAGAAACAUAAGAUGAUAUCAAAGGAAGAAUUAUUCCAACAGAAAAAUAUUUUAAAAAAUUUCUUGUUUGAUAAUAUAAUUUUAUGCUUAGAAAAAGGAGGUAGAGAAGAUAAAGAUACAUUCUUUCUCUGUGUAUAACAGAUAUAUUUUUAUAGCAUCAUAAUUGGAUGAUUAUGCCAUAAAUAAUGAGUAUACGAUAUAGGCAUAAGAAUCUAUGACUGUAAAAUGCAUGAAGAAAGUGUAAAGAGAGAUAAUGACAGUAUCAAUAUAAUCUAAUUAGCAGUAACAUUUAAAGAAACAGAGUUCUCUAUUUGUGGACUUCAUUGCUUUUUUCUUCUUUUUUAAUGUAAUAGUACAAUAUAUCGUGAAUGCAUUCUGCAGAUUUUUUCAGAAAGACAUAAAUUCGUUUUACAUAAGAUUACCAUAUUAUAUAUGAUUUUAUAUUAAAUGCAUUUAGUGCCACUAUUGAUACUUUGACAGCCAUCGUUGAUUAAUGAAGGAUGUGAGCAUCCAUACAUGCUAUCUUAGAUAUAUGAAUUUACAAAAUACAUUUACCAAUAUAUAUCAAGUUAUUUAGGCCAAAGGAUCCCAAUCAAUUUGUGAUAGCGUGUAUUGAAUGUGCACGAUGUCGACAGAAUUAAUUUCUAAACAUAUAGUUUGGAAUAAGAAUAUUCUCAUUCCUGUACUAUGUAGGAUUAUUGGCAGUGCGAGAAAGUGUGUGUAUCCUAUGAACAAGAAAUACGUUUGUUUAUAUAAUCCUCAUAUUAAUGCUAUAAUAAAAAAACAGAAUAAUCAAAUUAUUACAAUCUCAACCUGAAUUUUCUUUGGCGUUUUAAUAAUACUGAGGUAUGAUAUUUGUAGAACUAAUCCAGAACUUUAUAUAUAUGUAA